AUGGAUGCAAAUCUCCUCCUUCUUAUCACGUUAUAUACUUUUCCAAUACAUCCUCACGCGCUGUUAAUUUGGAUCAUAGAAAUGCAAAGUUCGAAUAGUGUACCAAACUUGAGAGACCACUCACAAUAUGAACAAACAUUUUCAUUACCUCCUAUAAAUAAAAUGAGUGAAUCCUAUUUAGAUGGAUUAUUAUCUGAAUUAGGAGGAAUGAGGCUAAAUCAACGUACGUUAUCGGAUCCGCACCAGCAGCAGGAUGUACCUUAUUGGUUGAAUGAUCUCCUUGACGACGACGACGAGCCUGAACAAGAAGAGAAACUUGCUAAUUGUGUAAGCAGAAGUCAUAGAAGAUCAUCGAGUGACUCAAUAGCAUUCUUAAAUAAUAAAAAUAUUCUUCUUCAAGAUCCUGAUAGGAAUAUUAAUGUACCAAACCCACAACAACAACAACAACAACAACAUCCUAGAAUUGAUCCUUCAAAACGCCUCAGAAGGCAUUCAGCUCAACAGUACCGAGCGAGGAAAGUUCAAUACAUUGGGGAACUAGAAACAAGUGUUCAAUCUUUACAGGCAGAAGGAUAUCAAGUUUCGGCAGAGCUUGAAUUUCUUGAUCAGCAAAACCUCAUAUUAGGUAUGGAGAACAGGGCCCUCAAGCAACGUUUGGACAGUUUAUCUCAAGAACACUUCAUUAAAUGCUUGGAGCAGGAAGUGCUUGAGAAAGAAAUCUCAAGGCUUAGAAAUAUUUAUCAACAACAACAACACAGGCAGCAGCAGCAGCAAAAACACAAUGGUAGAAAUCGACCUAAACGUCAAGAUAUUGAUUCGUCAAUUGCCAAACUCUCUUUGAAGAUUAAGGGAAUUGAGUCAUCACAGAAAACCAUAUAG